AUGCGAGUCUCUCAAGUACUCUUGGCCCUUGCUGCUCUCGUAAUCUCCGCUCAAGCUCAUAUCGCUUUAUGGGACGAAGGGAUGUACGGAUGGGAUCCCAAUGAUCCAAAUCAAUCUGAACCUGUACUUCCUUUGAUGCAUUUAUCAUUCAAAGAUUGGUGGUUUCAUGGCUAUAUCAACAAACCACCUGCCGAAGGAAAAUUCAUGAAUCUACCAUCAGGUGGAACGUACAAAGGACAAGUGGCAUGUAAUAAAGCAUUGACGAAAUAUGGUCAAAACGAUUAUCAAGAAACUGGAAUAUACGCAUGUGAUGGAGAUGGAUCUCAAGGUGGUAUAGGUGCUAUGCAUACAUCCGAUAAAUGGGAAUCACAAGAUCCAAAAGAUGUCAAAGGAUGUGGAAUAGCGAUUGCUUACGAAUCAGAUGUCAAUAAAAUUCAACCAGAAGAUUUUAGUGUCAUAUCAGUCAAUUAUACUUGUCCUUGGCUCAAAAAUGUCGAUUUUCAAAUUCCCGAUAAUCUUCCUCCUUGUCCCGAAGGUGGUUGUCAUUGUAUGUGGGGUUGGAUCCAUUCUGCAGAUGCCGGAAGUGAACAAAAUUACUUUUUGGGUUAUAGAUGUAAUAUAACAGAUGCUACUGGAAUCACUCCUAUUCCAUCUCCCAAAACAGCAAAUAAGUGUAACUACCCAUCGGAUACCUCAAACUGUACUGUAGGUGCUAAACAACCUCAUUAUUGGUAUCAAAACGAGAGGAAUAAUAACCCUCAAGGGGAAUACGAUCCACCAUUUUAUAACAACGAGUACGGAUUUAUGAAUGGAGCUCAAACCGACUUGUUCGCUUCUGUAGGAGGAGCAUCGAUAUCUCAAAAUGCGACUUCUCCUUCUACUUCUCCCUCUGCCUCUGCUUCUCCGUCAACUAGUCCUUCUGUGGCUGCUUCAGGUGCCUUUGGCGAUACUCAAUCUUCCGCUUCUGCAUCAACCGCAUCUCUCGCGGAUGCAGCUGCUUCUUCUUCCUCCGAGAUCGCGUCCUCUGCGACCUCAUUAAACACGGAAUAUACAACUCAGACCACUGUGACUGUUCAAACUACAAUGACUCGAUCGGCCACCAUCCCUGCUCUAGCUGCAAUUGCUACUUCAGCUUCGAAUUCGAGUUUAAAUUCGACCGCAGCUUCGCCUUCUUCUUCCUCAGCGCCAGCAUCCUCUUCUUCGGCAUCUCUGGCCUCAGCUUCGCCUUCCGCUUCAUUUUCAGCUGCUGCCUCCUCAGCUAGCAAUGACACAGAAAUAGGAUCGUGUUCAGUGAACAGGAAAAGACAUUUGGAUCGUUUACUGUCUUCCCCCGAAUUGAUGAAAAAGCACAUCUUGAGAAGUGAAAGAAGAAGAGAGCGAAUUAGGAAAAGAAGAAUCGCAAAUGGUGCGGAUUCUCCUAAGGGAGUCUAG